AUGUCUGAAAAGGCUCAAAAUGAGGCAGACACUGAUGACUCAGAUGUGUUCUCUCACCCUGGCUCAUCAACCCCAUACCAUAGGCCAGGCCAUGGUGGAGUUCACCACCAUCACCAAGGUGCAUCCCGUCACCAUUGUGAGUCGCUCCAUCAUGGCUUAUCCCAUCAUCGUGGUGGACCUCACCACCCUGAUGAAUUCCAAGACUUCCAUGACAAUGUCUUCUCCCGCCAUGCCCACCACUCCUAUCACUCCCCCAGUCAUGGUGAGUCCCACCAUCAUGGUGGAGACCAUUGUUCCACAUCCCUUUCCCAGGAUCCUUCCCAUGACACUCUCAUCUCCCACCAGUCCUAUGGUGAGGACCACUUUGACCAUGAGCACCACCAUGGCAGGAGACACCAUGGGAGGUCCCGCCAACAUAGGGAGCCCAACCACCAUGGUGGGUUUCAUCACCACACUGAGGUUCUCAACUAUAGUGGGCUCCAUCGCCAAAGUGAGGCUUACCACCAUAAAGACUCCACCCAAUCUAGUAACCACUCCCACCUCAGUGAGGCCCAUCAUCAUGGUGGGCACCACCACAGAAGGCCUACCUCCAUGAUGUCCCACCACCAUGGCCCACCUCACCACGGGGAACACCACCACGGCGAGCACCACCACGGUGAGCACCACCACGGCGAGCACCACCACGGCGAGCACCACCACGGCGAACACCACCACGGCGAGCACCACCACGGCGAGCACCACCACGGCGAGCACCAGCACGGCGCACAUCCUCGUGAUUACCCCCACCGAGAUCACCACCAUGGGGAGCACCGUCAUGGAAGCUCCCAACUCUUUGGCUUGUACAUGCCCCACACUGUGACCUUAGGCUCCCUCGGCUCUGCCUAUUCUCGUCCAGCAGUCUUCCAGCCCAGCAAGCCAGACCGAAAGACCUCCGCCUUCAGCAUGGCUCGUUCCCUCAGCACAGUGAACUCGCACCCCUCUGAGACCUCCAACAAAGUCUGUCCUCAGGACUCCUCCUCUAAGACCUCGGAAAGCUGCCCUGAAGAAGACGGGCACGUUCAGAAGCGCAAAGUUGGCCGAGCCCCACGGACCCACAAGAAGGUGCACUCUUCGGACUUCUUGUAUUGGUUGUGGGAAAAAUUAAGCCACCUUAUUUGGGGCCUUCGGAGAAUGCUGAGGAAACUGGUUGACUCCCUGGCCCUUGAAACCUUCAUCAUCUUCAUCGUCUGCCUCAACACCAUCAUGCUUGUGGCUCAGACCUUCGCUGAAGUCGAGAUCCGGGGCGAGUGGUACUUCACGGCCUUGGACUACAUCUUCCUCUCCAUCUACAUGGUGGAAGCUAUGCUCAAAAUCAUUGCUCUCGGCCUCGCGUAUUUUUUGGACCCCUGGAACAACCUGGAUUUCUUCAUCAUGGUAAUGGGUGUGGUGGACUUCACGCUCAUACAGGUCAACUCUUCCUCCACGCGUGCGAUCCACAACCAAAGCAUCUUCCGCAUCUUCAAGGUCUUUAAGACCCUGCGAGCCUUGCGCGCGAUCCGAGUCCUUCGGAGGCUCAGAUUCCUGACCAACCUCCAGGAAGUGACCGGAACCCUGGCCCGGUCCUUGCCGUCCAUCACUGCCAUCCUCAUCCUCAUGUUUACCUGCCUCUUCCUGUUCUCUGUGGUACUCCGGGCACUGUUCCGCUACUCUGAUCCCAAACGCUUCCAGAACAUCUUCACCACCAUCUUCACCCUCUUCACCAUGCUCACCCUGGACGACUGGUCCCUCAUCUACCUAGACAGCCGGGCCCACGGAGCCUGGUACAUCAUCCCCAUUCUCAUGAUCUAUAUCAUCAUCCAGUACUUCAUCUUCCUCAACCUGGUGAUUGCUGUCCUGGUGGAUAACUUCCAGAUGGCGCUGCUCAAAGGCCUGGAGAAAGUGAAGCAGGAGAAGGCGGCUGAGCUCCAUGAAGAGCUACUGGAUGACUCAGUGACAAAGCUGAUGGAAGCAGAGCCUAAAGAGGUGCUAAGUGAACACACUAUACAGAAGCAGCUCAUUGAGAAAAAAUUUGGAGCCCUGACUGAGAAGCAGCUGGAGACCCUGUUCCACUUCCUGCAGCUGGUGGCUGGCGUGGAGCAUUACCAGCUGAAAUUCCGCUCUCAGGCUGCUGUCAUCGAUGAGAUUGUGGACACCACAUUCGAGGCUGGAGAAGAGGACUUCAGAAAGUGA